AUCGAUCGAGUUGUUGCUUUGAAUUCUUGUAUUCAUCAUAUGGCAACUAAUACUGUUGUAUGUGUAUCCUUAUUCUUCAUGAUCUUGCUUGCUGCAAGAGUAUUGGUCGUGACAAGCCAGCCCUCUCCACCACAUUCUUCGUCAUGCCACAUACCAGCCAUCUAUAAUUUUGGUGAUUCAAAUUCAGACACUGGUGGCAUAGCUGCAGCAUUUUAUCCUCCCGGGCCACCAUCAGGUGAAACCUUCUUCAAAAGGCCCAUUGGAAGAGCCAGUGAUGGUCGUCUGAUCAUCGACUUCAUUGCCGAGAAACUUGGAUUGUUGUAUUUGAGUGCGUAUUUGGAUUCAAUCAAAGCCAAUUUCACGCACGGGGCAAACUUUGCAACGGGCGGUGCAACUAUUAGACGUGUGAAUGAAUCAUGGUUUGCAAAUGGUGUUAGCCCGUUUUCUCUUGACAUUCAAGUUGAGCAAUUUAAUCAGUUUAAAGAUAGAACCACUUAUCUAUAUAACCAAGCUAAGGAUGACUACUCUCAAAGAAACAAUCUACCUAGGCCCAACGAUUUCGUGAAAGCUAUCUACACAUUCGAUAUAGGCCAGAAUGAUCUAGCCUACAUAUUUAGGACAUUGGGAGUUGAAGGGAGUCGAGCUGUUAUCCCUGGCAUUAUCGACCAAUUUGCCUCUUCUAUUCAACAAUUGUACGGGAAAGGGGCAAGGGCAUUUUGGAUACAUAACACAGGGCCCAUAGGGUGCUUGCCUGUAACAUAUGUGAAGAUCCGUGACCCGCCCCCCGGCUACCUUGACGAUAUUGGGUGCGUCAAAGGUCAAAACGCUAUAGCAAUCGAGUUCAAUGAGAAACUUAAAGCCAGAGUCGUUCAAUUGAGGUCAAAUCUAUCGGAAGCUAUAUUGACAUAUGUGGAUAUGUACUCUGCAAAGUAUCAACUUAAUAAGAAGGCUAAGGAUCUAGGAUUCAAGGAAUGGUUUACUAUAUGUUGUGGAUACCAUGAUUCGGACGAGGAUGUUUAUUGUGGGAAUCAAGGAAAGAUAAAUGGCACCCAAGUGUUUGCUGAUUCUUGUAAAGACCCGACCAAGGUCAUAAGCUGGGAUGGUGUUCACUACUCGGAUGCCGCAAACCAUUGGAUUGCGACCCAAAUCAGUAACGGGUUAUUUUCCGACCCGCCACUUCCAAUUACGAAAACAUGUCCUGAAUACAUAUCAAUGAUGUGAUGUGGCAUGAUUGUCAAAUGUUACACUAAUUCAAACAAACAAAUUUGUUCUUAGUUUAUUAUAUGUAUGCAUGUCAUUUCAAAAAGGAAAA